UCCACAAAAAGCUUAUAAUUUACAAUUUAGCAAUUUUAUUGAACAUGUUGAUUUAACUGAUGAAUUUAUAGGUUUAUUAGAAAGCCACCCAUUUGCUUUUAUGCUAGAUGACAUAACGAAACUUGCAAACAAGGGUGAGAUGAAAGUGCGAAUAUUUUCUGUAUUCGCAUAUGAGCGAGAUAAUUGCGACAAACUGGCCGAUAUACUAGAUCAAUCAGGGCAAAAAAUAGCCGCUGAUAAACUACGUGAAUUCAACAAGUCCGAAGCCCUAAUGGAGUAUGUUAACGAUAUUGAAUUGAGCGUGGCAGGCUCAAUCUCAAAAAGGUCGGACACCACUCAUACAUUCAAAAUGGACUCUAAUCCGAGGGGAAAGGCAUUGAUAAUUGUCAACAUACCGGAGCUAAUGAAUGAGGCUAAGCGAUUUGAGUUUAUUUUGACCAAGUUGCAUUUCGAUGUUCAACCAAUUUGUGCGCUUAAAUCCAGUAUAGAAAUUGAUAAGGUGUUGGAUGACCUAGCUAAUGAUACACACGAUGGUGAUGCAUUUUUCAUGAUGUUCAUUGGCCAUGGUUACCAAGAUAAAAUUUGUGGCUACGGUGGUGAUAGUGUAUUCAGUAAAAAUGAGCUGUCAAUUAAUUGUAUUCUGGAUAAGUUUUCCGAGCAAAAAUACAGCUUACUCCCAUUCAGCAUUCACCUACGUGAUAAAGCUAAAGUUAACGAUUAUAAGCGCAUGUUCAUAAUCUACUCGACCGCUAAAGGUACCGAAGCAUUAUACAAAAAGGACUUGGGGUACACCUAUUUUGGGCGGGCAUUUAGCCAUACGAUCGCCCAGUUUGCCUGCUCCAAGAAAUUGUCGGAAAUCUUCCAAAAG